GGGGCCGAGCUCGUGUCCGGGCGGGGGGAGCAGGAGCAGCCUCAUCCCGUCCCCGCUGCCCCUCGCCGCGGCCGGGCAGCUUCUGCCGCUCUCGCUGCGGGUCGGGCGGGGCCGGUCCGGGGCGCUCCUGCGGCAGCGGGCGGCUGCGGCUGCAGGGCUGCGGGGGGCUGAGCUCCCCCCGUCCCUCAGCAUCACACACGGGCGCUGCAAACGGGCCAGAAAGCAGCUGUGUGGGGGCCACAAAUGGAGACGAAGCUUUCCCUUCCCGAGGCUUGAAAAACACGCUCCUGCGCCUGAAUUUGGGGCUCAGAAACAGGCUGAGUUGUGUCGCUUUGGGCUCAGAAACAGGGGCCAAAUCCUGCCUUUUUGGGACUCGAGAACAGGCUUGGCAGCUGGGUUUUAGGCUCAGAAAUGGGCGCUAAGGGAGCUGUCUUGGGGCAAAAAGCAGAAGGCAGUUGGGCUGGUUUUGCAGGGGCGGGAGGGCAGUGGGGGCUGCAGGGGGGAGCAGGGACUGGGCAGCGUGCGUGGACCCUCCCGGAGGUGGGGGUCUGGUUGGUCACCCCCAAGGGCCAGGAGGCCGCGUGCACCACGGCGAGCUCAAUGUCUGAGACGCCUCUGGAAAAGGGCCUUCCGGACCCCACGCGUGCUCUGUGCGCGCUGCUCUUCUGUGUCCGCCCCUGGGGAGCUCCUGCUCGGGGAGGAGCAGCCAAUGAGACGCCAGGUGGCGUGGAAAGCCGCCAAUCAGAACGCGCCGGGCCCUUCAAUCGUCAACAGCUGUGUCUGCAGGCGUGUCCGUGUCUCGGUGGGUACUCCGUGUUAACGGGGCGGGAGGCGGCGGAGCGCCCGCUGCGGCCGGCUCCCGGGGGUCUGGAGGCAGGCUGGCUCGGCCGCUGGGGCUGGCGGCGGCUCCUCACACCAGCAGCGCCGCGCAGUCGCUGCCUUGCAGCUGCUGCAGGCCCUGCAGGGCUGGAUCCACGGGGCCUUGGGGACAGCGUGGGCCACCGAGAUCCCCCCCUGCAGCACCUGGCAGGCAGAGCCGAGAUCUCCCUGGACUCUGCAGAGUGGGAGCAGCAUGUGCUUAAGGCACAGCCUCCGCAGGGCACAGAGAGACCUCGGGCCACUCGUGCCGCUCUGAUGUGCGUGUACAGCGGCAUAGCCCUGCAUGCCCCCAGGGAGCAGCUGCUCGCCUGCGUGGAUAGAGAGAUCAUGGGCACCAUCCUGCGGCUCUCCAGAGUCACACAGAGGGAGACGCAGCUCAAGCUCGUCCUGGUGCAGAGUGUCGCUGAGGUCAGCUCUGCCAUCCAGGCUGUGGGUGAUGCUGGCAGCUUUGAGCUGUCCUCGAAGCAGGAGGUGACACAGCCCCUGCUGGACUGGAUCAAGGAGGAGCCUGCGGACUCCCUGGUGAACCGAGCGUUUCAGGCCCUGGAGGAGUUGAGCAAGCUGAGGCCAGCGCUGAGCAGGGAGGAGAACCGCAGCCUGCGGGCAGUGUGCUGCGGGGCCGACCCGUCCUCUCCUUCCCAGGAGGGGAUGAAGAGGGGCAGGACGGUGCGGGCAGCUCUGAACAUGCAGCUGCUGCACAGGAGAAGUGCUGAAGGUCUGGGCCGCCUCCUGGAGACUCUCCUGGCAGCAGAGGAGCCCUCGGCUGGCUUUGGUGAUGUGCUCCUUGUGAACACUUAAAAGAAAAGCAAUAAAGGCAAAUUUAGAGUUGCUGUACUGCUGAA